AGUCGGCCUGCUCAAGAUAACACAGAACACAGUAAACAGGCACAUCAAGGCUUCUAACACAGAGUUCAGUAAUCAGGCACAUCAGGGCUUCUAACACAGAGUCCAGUAAUCAGGCACAUCAGGGCUUCUAACACAGAGUCCAGUAAACAGGCACAUCAGGGCUUCUAACACAGAGUCCAGUAAACAGGCACAUCUGGGCUUCUAACACAGAGUCCAGUAAUCAGGCACAUCAGGGCUUCUAACACAGAGUCCAGUAAACAGGCACAUCUGGGCUUCUAACACAGAGUUUAGUAAACAGGCACAUCAGGGCUUCUGUAACACAGUAAACAGGCACAUCUGGGCUUCUGUAACACAGUAAACAGGCACAUCUGGGCUUCUAACACAGAACACAGUAAACAGGCACAUCUGGGCUUCUAACACAGAGCCCAGUAAACAGGCACAUCAGGGCUUCUAACACAGAGUCCAGUAAACAGGCACAUCUGGGCUUCUGUAACACAGAGUCCAGUAAACAGGCACAUCUGGGCUUCUGUAACACAUGAUGGCACAGCAGCGGCAUAUCCCUGUCACACUAAAGAACAUGUCCAAGUUGUAAGCUGCACAGAUCCCACAUAGUUUGAGACUCAGAGAUCUGGUAUCACUGGAGAGGCAACACUUCUUCCCCAUUUUAUGUCACUACACUGUCAAUAAUAGCCUACAACACUGUCAGGUUUUGGUAAGUUUAUGAGACUGAUUUCAUAUCAUUGUGACCAUGUAGCCUGACAAUGAGAUUUUGACCCCAACCAAAAUGAUGAUUUGGAUGGAAAAUCAACAGUAUUUCUAUAUUUCCAUCUUGCUAUCUGGCUGUUAAAAGUGCAGCUUUUCAGGGUUACAGGACACUGCUGUGUUGCUGUCAUUUGAAGAGUUAACGUGUGAUCCUCACCAAUUGUUCUAAAAUGUCAUGCAGUUUUCCACAUAGCUACUGUACUGUAAAUAUUCUGUAGAAUGUUGAUUUUACAACAUUCUCAUCAAACUGUUGUGAGGCACACGUUUGUCAGAAAAACUCUGGCAACAACAAAAGUCUAUUACAAAUGUAAAGAUGUCCAGUCUUUCUGCUGUUUAUAUGGCAUAAUAAUGUCAGUCUGAGUGUUACUACAGUUUCUGCCUAUGUGGAAGAAUUAAUAAGUUGAGGAAUAAUCUAGAAAUAAUAAUGAUUUUGUUAGUAAAUAGGGAAAUUCAUGACUUAGGUUAUCAUGUGAUGUAGACAUUUAAUCAAUCACUUCCUAGUUAUGUUGAAAAUUGAGUCAGAAUUAAAAUGAAACUGUCCAUUAGCAUAUCCAGCUCCUUCUUGUGUCUUUAUAAAGUGAAAAAUCCACUUCCUCUAGGAAUCCACAAACUCAGGAAUCAGGAUAUAGUUUACAAUAACAUAAUCAGUUGUUUACACAAACAUAUUUAAUCGGAAUAGCUGUGUGGUGUGGCAUGCAUUACAUUUCUGUGAGAAAUUCAAAAUGUGAGGCGGAAAUGGCACAAGCAGCCUAAAAAGGUUUUGUAGGCUUUUCACUCAAGUACUUGCCAUCCUCAGCAUGUUAGUUUGCCUUUCAUCUUAGUUAUGUCUAAGCUAAUUAUCUACAAAAACAAUGUGAUCCGAGACGUCGUUAUCCGAAUAUAAGCCCACAGAAGGACACUCCUUUAGGAGGGCACUAUAUAUACCCUUACUGGACAGUGGUCUAGGCACAGCUUCACUCCUGGUGAAGGGUCAUCUGCAGUUGCAUCUCCAGACAGCACCACAAGCAGCAUGUACAGGAAACUGGCCUCCAUUUUGGUUCUGCUGCUGGGCCUCUCGCAGGUCCUGGCUCAAGAGGACCCAUCCAGUACAGAGGAAGUCGAUGAGGAAGUCGACAUCUCUACAAGAAUCCUGGAAGCAAACCAAGAAAUCUCAGGGUUCCUGAUGGAGGGAGACGUGGCCAUUCCAAGAGACAGGAAUGCCAGGAAGUGCAGUAAUUGCAAGUGGCAGAAGUCACCAUCCGGACUUGUGGAAGUGCCGUACAAUGUUUCUGAUGCUUUUUCUGCCCAGAAGAAGGCUGUUAUUCAGAAUGCAUUGCAGACCUUCCAUGAGAAGACCUGCAUUCGUUUUGUGCCUUACGUCAAACAAAAAGACUUCAUCAGAAUUGUGUCUCGUGGCGGGUGCUACUCGUACGUUGGAAGGAAUGGCGGCGGACAAACCGUCUCGCUGAACGUGAAUGGCUGUGUCUACAAAGGUGUUGUGCAGCACGAGCUCCUUCACGCCCUCGGCUUUUUCCAUGAGCAGACUAGAAGUGAUCGGGACAAGUACGUCAAGAUCAACUUUGAAAACAUCCGAGCAGGCGUUUCCCGCAACUUUAACAAGUAUGACACUAAUAACCUGAACACAGCGUAUGACUAUGGAUCCGUCAUGCAUUACAGCAGAAAAGCCUUUUCAAAAAAUGGUAAUGACACCAUCACCCCGAUUCCUAACCACGAUGUCAGGAUCGGACAGCGCAGAGAUUUGUCAGAGAUCGACAUUGUGAAGAUCAACAGGCUGUAUGAGUGUGAGGACUCCAGCAAUGUAACCAGCAGUAAUGAAACUCUGAAGGAGCUGAUCAGACGCUUGGAGGUCUCAGAGACCCAAGUGAAGAGCCUGGUCGGCCAAGUGAAGAGCCUGGUCAGCCAAGUGAAGAGUCUAGUUGGCCAAGAUAAAGCUCAGGAAUUAUAUCUGACUGCAAUGGAGGCCAGACUGAGAGCCAGUGAGGACACAGUGGACGCCCAGAGGACCCAGCUGCGGGAACUCCAGACACUCAAUGAAGGGAAUAAAGUGGCCUUUUCACUUUCACUUGAAACAACCACAGACAGGAAUUCUGGACCCUAUACCACUGGAAAAACACUUAUCUACAAACACAUCUUCAACAACGUUGGCAAUGCAUACGACCUUAAUACAGGCUUCUUCACCGCCCCUGUGAGAGGAGUGUACGAGUUCAGCCUCUCUGCUUACAGCCAGGGCAGCAAUGCUAUCCUGGGGUUGUACCUGCGUAAGAACAGAGAGCGGAUGGUCACCCUGUACUCCACGUUCAAGAGCGAACACAACAACGUGUCUAACGGAGCGAGUCUGAUCCUAGAGAAGGGAGACGUGGUGGAUGUGUACUUGCCAGCCAACAGAAGGGUGCUGGAUAACCAAAAUCACCACACUACUUUCCGGGGACAUCUGCUCUUCCAGAUGUAAGCACUGCCAACCAAAAUGCUGCAUCUGCAGUGCAUCAUAGAGUUGUUAGGAAAUAGUACUUAUGCAUUGUAUAUGACAUAGAUUACGUGAUAGUCCUGGCAUGCUCCUUCAAAAACAUCCCAAUGAAUAUGCUUUUAGUAAUAUUGGACACAAAACACAUGUUUUGUUUGUGUAAAGACCUUAAAUGCUGCAUUGUUGAGUUAAAUGUCUGAGACGAUAGCAAUAUUUCUUUUUGUAAUAAUGCAUAAAUCAGUUACAUCAUAUACAAAGGCAUAGAAACCCUCCCCCCCUUCCCACCCACCCCUCCCAUACCCACCCAAGAACAAGCCCUGUGGUAAACAUCUGAUUGAAUUAGGAUUAUGUAAACAAUAUUUUGCUGCUUUGUUGCACACUGAACGAACAUGAAAUUUAGAAUGUUAAUAUAUGUUUUGUGCACAUUAAGGGCCCGUGUCCACCAAUAGCAUUCUUUGAUGAUGACGGCCAUUUUCUCUACAAAUCCUAUGAUGUUCAGCGCUCGCAGCACUUAGCGCCCGCCGUGGUGCUGAUAGCUUUUUUCCGCAGUGCGCAGAGCGCUGAAAGUUGAAAUGUGUUCAACUAUAUUAGAACAGCGCUGGCCUCGUCAAUGUCACUUCUCUCUUAACGACCAAUCAAAACUUUGUAACCUAGCAACAACUAGAUGCACCGCAUAGCGGUACACAAUAUGACCGCCGCUCAGUUCUGCACAUUCUCCCCAAAAAAAUAAAUGACGCUUGUCA